AUUGAGUUGAGUAUAUCAAAGUGAUUACCUUGAGUUCAUUAUCUUGAGUUAAUAUUGCAACCACUUAAAAUUGCUACCAAACAAAUGUAAUCAUGUCACAAGAUUCCAAUCCUUUUGAACAUUCCAAUAGCUCUUCGGAGACUCUUAAUGAACUAAGUAAACCUUCGGAAAGACAUAGACAGGAACUGGUAAGUUCUUCUAUCAAAACCAAAAUCAGUAAUCGGAAUUUAUCGUUAGCGGAAUACGAUAAAUUAAAACCAAAUGAUGAACAUUUGGAGUAUAAACAUUCUUCAGAAGAAGACGAAGAUGAUCCAGUUAGAUUUGGUUCGUCGAGCUCUGCAAGUAAAGAACCGUUCUUAGGUGAUGGUCAAAAAGAAAAAGAUGAAUACACUGAUGAUUUUGGUAAUAAAUACGAUAUUGAUUUUGAUAAUAAAAAGUAUACUUCGAAGUUAAAAUUUAAAGGUAAUAGAUUGGUUUAUUUCACUUCUGCUUUUGUUUCUUUGUUUGUUUCUUUAUUUGGGUAUGAACAAGGGGUGUGUUCUGGUAUUUUGACUUAUGUUACUUUUAGAUUAUACUUUAAUGAUCCAAACCCUACUGAAAUUGGGUUGGUUAUAUCCAUUUUAGAAAUUGGUGCAAUGUUAUCAUCUUUAAUGGUUGCUAAGAUAAGUGAUAAAUUUGGUCGUAAGAGAACCAUUCUAUUAGGUACGUUUAUCUUUAUGAUUGGUGGUUCUUUACAAACUUUUGCUACAAAUUUAUAUAUUUUAUCAGUCGGGAGAGUCAUAAGUGGGAUUGCUGUUGGUAUUUUAUCGACAAUAGUCCCUAGUUAUCAAUGUGAAAUCUCUCCAAGUGAAGAACGGGGGAAAUUGGUUUGUGGAGAAUUUUCUGGUAAUAUUUCCGGUUAUGCCCUAAGUGUUUGGAUUGAUUAUUUUUGUUAUUUUAUUCAGAAUAUUGGUGAUGCUAGGAAAAACCCUCAUACUUUUGCUGCCAAUUUAUCAUGGAGAUUACCUUUAUUUAUUCAAGUUGUUAUUGCUUUUAUUUUAUUCUUGGGGGGAUUUUUCAUUGUUGAAAGUCCAAGAUGGUUGUUAGAUGUUGAUAUGGAUCAACAGGGCUUCCACGUUCUAUCCUUAUUAUAUGAUAGUUCUGUUGAUAAUAAUAAACCAACUAAAGAAUUUUUCCAAAUCAAAAAUAAUAUUUUACAAGAACGUAUUACGACUCCAAAAUAUGAACGGAGUUGGAAACAUAUGUUUCGUAAUCAUUUAACUCGAGUGCUAGUUGCUUGCUCCUCUCUAGCAUUUGCUCAAUUCAAUGGCAUUAAUAUCAUUUCUUAUUAUGCACCGAUGGUUUUCGCAGAAGCUGGUUUCAAUGAUUCAAACGCUCUAUUAAUGACAGGGUUCAACGCAAUUGUUUAUUUAUUACUGACAAUUGCCCCGUGGUUUUUGGUUGAUCGUUGGGGUCGUAAACCAAUCUUGAUAAGUGGUGGGUUAUCAAUGGCUAUUUGUCUAGGACUAAUUGCUUUAUUCAUGUAUUUAGACCGUUCUUACACCUCUUCAAUGGUUGCCUUUUUAGUAAUUGUUUAUAAUGCGUCUUUUGGUUAUAGCUGGGGUCCCAUCGGUUUCUUGAUCCCUCCUGAAGUUUACCCACUUUCGGUAAGAAGUAAAGGGGUUAGUUUAUCAACUGCUACAAAUUGGUUAGCAAAUUAUAUAGUUGGUCAGUUAACUCCAGUUCUACAACAUGAUAUUGGUUGGGUAAUGUACCUAUUCCCAUGUAUAUCAUGUAUAAUUAGUAUUUUUGUUGUUAUCUGGUUUUAUCCAGAAACUAAAGGUGUCGAAUUAGAAGAUAUCGAUAAAUUAUUCGAUGAUUUUUAUGGUAAAAAUCAAUCAAAUAAAGUUGGUUAUAAAUUCGUGAACAAUUUACCCGAAUCGCUUAAUCAUGACAAUACCAACGAAGAUGAGUUGGAAUUAGACGAAUUCGAUUACGAAGCUGGCUUGAUCGAUCGUAGUUCUAAGCGCUUCUAGAUACAUAGUUUUAGAUUGCAAAAAAAUUGAAAUAAGUUAAAACAAGUUAGUGUACC